AAGGUGCCCCUGUAUAUGCUCUUCUCAUUCGCCGACGGCCUGGACGUGGCGCUGAUGGCGGUGGGGACGGCUGCGGCGGUGGCCAACGGGCUGUCCAUGCCGCUCAUGACCUUCAUCUUUGGCACGCUCGUCAACGCCUUUGGACACGCUGAUGCUGGAGAUGUGGUCCACCGUGUCUCUAAGGUGUCUCUGAAAUUUGUCUACCUGGCUGCUGGAUCAGGGAUAGCUUCCAUCCUUCAGGUGUCGUGUUGGGUGGUAACUGGGGAAAGGCAGGCCGCACGCAUUCGCAGUUUGUACCUGAAAACUAUACUGAGGCAGGAAAUUGCAUUUUUUGACAAGGAAACAACAACAGGCGAAGUGGUUUGGAGAAUGUCUGGGGACACUAUACUCAUUCAAAAUGCCAUUGGUGAAAAGGUUGGGAAGUUCAUGCAACUUAUUUCCACAUUCUUUGGUGGCUUCAUAAUAGCAUUUACAAAAGGAUGGCUUUUAUCCCUCGUCAUGCUGUCCAGUAUUCCUCCCAUCAUCAUUGCAGGUGCAAUUAUGUCAUAUUUGAUAUCAAAAUUGUCGAACCGUGGACAAGCAGCAUAUGCUGAAGCAGGAAGUGUUGUUGAACAGACUGUCGGAUCCAUUAGAACAGUUGUCUCUUUUAAUGGGGAGAAGCAAGCCAUUAGAAUGUACAACAAGCUCAUAAGAACUGCAUACAGAUCAGCUGUUCAAGAAGGAGCAGCAGCUGGCCUGGGAAUGGGUACCGUUCUAAUGAUUCUGUUCUGCAGCUAUGGGUUAGCUAUUUGGUAUGGUUCCAAAUUAAUUAUUGAAGAAGGCUACAGUGGAGGAGUGGUGGUCACCGUUAUGUUAGCAAUCAUGACUGGUGGAAUGUGUUUAGGUCAGGCAUCCCCAUCUGUAAAUGCUUUUGCGGCCGGGCAAGCUGCAGGAUAUAAGAUGUUUGAGGCAAUCAAAAGGAAACCAGAGAUCGAUGCCUACGACAUGAGUGGGAUUAUGUUGGAAGACAUCCGGGGUGACAUUGAACUGAAAGAUGUAUACUUCAGCUACCCAACGAGGCCUGACCAUUUAAUAUUUGAUGGGUUCUCACUAUAUGUUCCAAGCAGCACAACUAUGGCCAUAGUUGGAGAGAGUGGGAGUGGGAAGUCGACUGUGAUUAGUCUAGUUGAGAGAUUCUAUGAUCCUCAAGCUGGUGAAGUGCUUAUAGAUGGGAUCAACCUGAAGAAACUGAGGCUUAGAUGGAUUAGAGGAAAAAUCGGACUUGUUAGCCAAGAGCCUGUUUUAUUCACAACAACUAUCAGAGAGAACAUCAUGUAUGGUAAAGAAAAUGCAACACUUGAAGAGAUCAACAGAGCAUCCGAGCUUGCUAAUGCAGCAAAUUUCAUUGACAAGAUGCCCAAUGGGCUUGACACAAUGGUUGGUGAGCAUGGAACUCAACUCUCUGGGGGACAAAAGCAAAGAAUUGCGAUUGCACGGGCAAUCUUGAAGGAUCCUAAGAUCUUACUUCUUGAUGAAGCAACGAGUGCAUUGGAUGCAGAGUCUGAGCGAAUAGUUCAAGGAGCACUGAAUAGGAUCAUGUUAGAGAGGACCACCAUUAUUGUUGCCCAUCGUCUGAGCACUGUAAGGAAUGCUGAUACUAUAUCAGUUGUGCAUGGGGGAAAAAUUGUAGAACAAGGUUCGCAUGCAGAUUUGAUCACGUACCCUGAUGGGGCUUACUCUCAACUCAUACAUCUGCAAGAGAUUCACCAAGAAGCAGAAGCACCUUCAAGGGAAUUAGAAAGGCUGGGUUCAAGUAUUAGUGCUACAAAAUCUAUGAGGAAAUCUGAAAGCCAGAGACUAUCUUUAAAGAGAUCGAUGAGUUUAGGUUCCUCAUCGAGGAGAAGCAGUAGGCAUUCUUUCACCAUUGCAUUUGGUUUGCCUGGCUCCUUAGAUAUCCAGGAUAGUGACUCUUUAGGAGAUGGAACCACGGAAAGAGAGCUUGGUGAUAGUGAGGUUCGCAGGCAAGUCCCUCUCAAACGGCUUAUUUAUCUCAACAAGCCAGAGAUGCCAGUUCUUCUAUUAGGAUCCAUUGCCUCAGCAGUGCAAGGAGUCAUUUUCCCAGUGUUUGGUCUCUUGAUUUCAAGUGCGAUCAAAAUUUUCUAUGAACCACCACAUGAACUGCGAAAAGAUUCCAGAUUCUGGACACUCAUGUUUGUAGUCCUGGGCAUUAUUUCUCUGAUAAUAGUGCCCAUACAAUAUUUCUUGUUUGGAAUAGCAGGUGGGAAGCUAGUUGAACGCGUCCGUUCCUUGUCAUUUGAGCAGGUUGUACACCAGGAAAUCAGCUGGUUUGAUGAACCUCCAAAUUCCAGUGGGGCAAUCGGUGCACGGCUAUCUGCAGAUGCUUCAACUGUUCGAAGUCUUGUAGGGGACAACUUGGCAUUACUGGUUCAGAACUCAUCGACUGUUAUUACAGGAUUCAUCAUAGCAUUGGUUGCAAACUGGAAGUUAACCCUCGUGAUUAUAUUGGUCAUACCUUUGGUGGGUCUCCAAGCAUACGCUCAGAUAAAGUUUCUGAAGGGCUUCAGUGCAGAUGCUAAGGUGAUGUAUGAAGAAGCAAGUCAAGUAGCAAGUGAUGCAGUUGGUAGUAUUCGAACCGUAGCAUCCUUUUGUGCGGAAGAGAGGGUGAUGGAUACAUACAGAAGGAAAUGUGCUGCUCCCAUCAGACAAGGAAUCCGGCAAGGAAUUAUCAGUGGUCUGGGCUAUGGCUUCUCAUUUGUGAUGCUAUAUUGUACGUAUGCCCUCUGUUUCUACGUUGGAGCUCGGUUUGUGCAUGAUGGAAAGGCCACUUUUAACGAAGUUUUUAGGGUUUUCUUUGCCUUAACCAUGGCAACCAUCGGAGUUUCACAGACGAGUGCAUUAGGUACAGAUUCCACCAAGGCAAAGGAUUCAGCUGCUUCAAUUUUUGCUAUUCUUGAUAGGACAUCCAAGAUCGAUUCUAGCAGCGAUGAAGGAAUGGUCUUGGCAGAUGUGAGGGGUAACAUCGAGUUCCAGCAUGUGAUCUUCAGGUACCCAUCCCGUCCUGAUGUUCAAAUCUUCAGCGACUUGUGCUUGAGCAUUCCCUCUGGAAAGACCGUUGCAUUAGUUGGAGAGAGUGGAAGUGGAAAGUCCACUGUAAUUGCGCUGCUGGAGAGAUUCUACGACCCUGAUUCCGGCAGAGUCUUGUUGGAUGGAGCGGACAUUCAGAGGUUCAGGGUCAGCUGGCUCAGGCAACAGAUGGGAUUGGUGAGCCAAGAGCCUGCACUGUUCCAUGAUACAAUCAGAGCCAACAUAGCAUAUGGGAAGCAAGAGGAGGCCUCCGAAGAAGAGAUUGUUGCAGCUGCCGAUGCAGCCAAUGCACAUCAGUUUGUAUCUGGGUUGCCUCAAGGAUACAACACAUCCGUCGGAGAGAAAGGUGUGCAAUUGUCGGGCGGGCAGAAGCAGCGAGUGGCCAUUGCAAGAGCCAUCAUCAAGAACCCAAAGAUACUUCUACUAGACGAGGCAACCAGUGCUUUGGAUGCAGAGUCUGAGCAUGCGGUUCAAGAAGCAUUGGACCGAGUGAUGAUCAGUAGAUCGACCAUUGUUGUGGCUCACCGCCUUUCGACAAUAAAAGGAGCUGAUAUGAUUGCAGUUCUGAAGAACGGUGUGAUCGUUGAGAAAGGAAGGCAUGAAGCAUUGAUGGAGCUGGAAAAUGGAGUUUAUGCUUCGCUGUUGGCACUUCACAUGAACGCAGCGUGAAGUUGUGUUGUACAUUGCUCUGGAUCGGUAGAUGUUCCUGGGCGCUAUCACCAAAAG